GAAAUGCAGGAACGUACGCAGCGUAUGUAUUUAGCGGCGCCACUAGAUGGCUUUAUUAUAUAUUUUCUUACAAUUAUUUAAGUACCUUUCCUUUCCAUCUGCUCCUCAACUAUGAAAAUAUGUAUAUAAUCUAAUAUUAUCCAACCUAUACAUUCAUAUUUCACAACCAAAUUAUAAAAAUUUUGAAAAAUAAUGAGGGGUGAUUAAGGUACCUCACUUUAUUAAAACUUGUACUUUACUGAGACUAAAAUUGCUGCGCAUGCGCAAAAAAACCCGUCUCAUCUCAUCCGUCAAUAUCUCAUCACUGACGUGACAUGUUGAAUGUUAAUUAGUCACACAUAUUCAUACUAAUUAUCUAGUUGUGCUUCGUUUAAAAUACCAUUAUAUUGUAGUGUUACAAAGAAUCAUUGUUUUAGUAAGAAAAUUAUUGUUUUUAACAAUUAGUAUACUGCCUCUAUAUAAUACAUUUUAUUUUUUCAACAUUUACUUUCUAAUUUAUAUGUACAAUUUGCUACAUAAGCUUACAAGGUUUAAAAUAAUAGUCGUUAUACAGAAUUUGUAUUAAUUUUUAUUUUGAACGGAACAUAUAUAAUCAUGAAUUUAACUUGGGAAGAAUUUUAUGCCAAACAUCCACCACCUCAAGAUUUUGCUCAGACUGAAAUAAUACUAAAAGAAUUUGCAGACAGACAAUUAAAAAAAAACAAUAAAGUUGUUCUGGUUACAAGUGGUGGCACAACAAUUCCUUUAGAACGUAAUACAGUAAGGUUUGUUGAUAAUUUUAGUGCAGGAACUAGAGGAUCUCUAUCUGCAGAAUAUUUUUUAGAACAUGGAUAUGCUGUGAUAUUUAUGUACAGAGUUAAAUCCUUGGAACCAUUUUCAAGGCACUUUACAGGACAAAGAUUUUUAGAUAUGUUAGAGAUUAAUCAGAAAGAAGAUGGAAAAUCCAUAAUUACAGUAAUGCCACAAUACACAGAUAAAUUGGCAACUAUACUGAACAAAUAUAAAGAAGCUCUGAAUCAAGACAAAUUAUUACAAGUCUCUUUUACUACUCUUUCUGAAUACCUUUGGCUUCUUCGACUUGCUUGUCAAAUACUAGCUUCAUUUAAAAACCAAACUAUUUUGUAUCUUGCAGCUGCAGUUUCAGAUUUUUACAUUCCUUCUAAUGAAUUGGCUGUUCACAAAAUUUCUUCGGAAGAACCGCAAACGAUAGCGCUUCAAUUAGUACCUAAAGUACUAGCGCCUUUAGUAAGUCUGUGGGUUCCACGAGCAUAUGUAGUGUCUUUUAAAUUGGAAACUGACGAAAACCUUUUAAUUGCAAAAGCUAGAAAUGCACUCAAUAGAUACAAACAUAAUCUGGUUAUAGCAAAUAUGCUACAAACUCGAAAACAGCAAGUAACUAUUGUUAGUCAAGAAAAUAUUCAGGUUAUUUUUCUCACUAAUGAGCAAUUAAGUAAAGGUGAAGAAAUCGAACGUUUUAUUGUCGCCAACAUUGUUGCUAGACAUCAAAAUUUCAUAAAAUCUAGCGAGGAAAGAAGUUGAUGGUUGUUCAUUACGUGAUGUUAAGUAAUACAAAUUUUAUAUAUAUAUAUAUAUUAUAUAUUUACAUUAAAUGAAUGUUAUAUUAACAUAUCAA